AUGGGGGACUGGAAGGCUAUUGAUAUAUUAGAAGUUGCUGAUUCGUUGUAUAGACAUUUUGAUGGGUUUAAGUUAAGUAGAGAAGUACACUGGGACUAUGAACACUGGGACUAUGAACACUGGGACUAUGAACACUGGGACUAUGAACACUGGGACUAUGAACACAGGGACUAUGAACACAGGGACUAUGAACACUGGGACUAUGAACACUGGGACUAUGAACACUGGGACUAUGAACACUGGGACUAUGAACACUGGGACUAUGAACACUGGGACUAUGAACACUGGGACUAUGAACACUGGGACUAUGAACACUGGGACUAUGAACACUGGGACUAUGAACACUAG